UGAAAGAAAAAGGAAAAUCAGAAAACUUUUAAGAUCACUUUAUAGAGGUUGCAUUCUAUAUUCUUAUUUCCAGUCAAUUAAAUAUUUUAGAGCUGAUCAUAACAACACAUAAUCAUAACAAAAUAAUAAUUUGAUGACAACUUCCAAAAAUAUUUUAUUUUUUCCCCAUUAUUUUUCAGUUAUUUUUGGAUAUAAUAUUAUAGAGAUUGAAUUCAUAUUUCUAGUCAAUUAAAUAUGUUUCUGUAUAUAUAUUGGACAAAAAUAUUUUAUUGAGACUGUACUCACAAAUUCAAAUCAAGUAAAUAUUUUAGAUCUCAUCAUAACAACAUAAAUAAAUAUUUUGUAAACAAUUUCCAUAAAUAUUUAUAUUAAUUUCCAUGAUUCUUCCAUCUCUGGAAAUCUUCAUUUUAAAAUUCCCCGACAUUUCCAGGUUUUCUAUGUGAGUAAGAACCCUGUAUUAAUGUUUUGCUUGACAACAUCUGUUGACGCUGUAUGUCACACGAUUAAUCCUUAUAUCAACAUCAUAAGCUACAGCAAAGGGUCAUGAAAAAACUGAAGAGGCUACCAUUUUCUAAGCUGUAUCAGCUGAUGCUUUAUCUUUUCUGCCCCCUCCUCAGUCCAUCCAUCUCUCUCUCUCUCUCUGGCCGUGCAGGCAGGCACAGACUGUUCUAAUGUUAGUCCUACUUACUGAUGUGACCCACGCUCAUACACACUCUGGACUUUUCAAGCUGUGAGCUGCCAGCUCCUCUUGUUUCUUUCAUUUUCUGUGGAUUCGCUCACUCUGUCUUGAGAGGAGCAAUCAUGAGGACCCCUAGAUGAGGACUGCUGGAAGUUUUGCAACAGCUACAGCAAUUCCAAGUAAACUCAACAAAUUUCCUGGUGGAUUCACCAUGAUGAAGAAGGAAGGCAUUCAUUUGGUGUAGACCAGUGGAUGCUCCUCCAAAGGUUUGCUCAGGAACUGUUAAAACGGGGUUUGGUGGACAAUGCGGUCCAGAAUGAACAUUAUAAUCUUCUCAGGUCUCUUGAUGACUCUUCUGAGCUCUUGUGGAACAUCUACAAGUUGUCCAUCAGGCUGUUCCUGCAAUGUAAACUGCACAGACUGCAGUGACCUUAACCAACUGGCUUCCUUGGACUCCAUCCUGGACCAGCUUCCCUUUGACACAAGCUACCUCAACCUCUCAAAUAACAACUUCACCACUGUGGAACCAGGAAGUUUUCCCAAUUUUAGCGGCUUGCUACAUCUAGACCUGUCCAGAAACCUUCUCUCCAGCAUCAACCUUGGGUGUUUUUCCAAUCUCAGCAGCCUGCUUCAUCUAGACCUCUCCAGAAACCUUCUCUCCAGUGUCUUCCCUUCAAGCUUCUCCCACUUGAACAACCUGGAGGUCCUGGAUCUCUCUGAAAACCUCCUUGUGAGGCUCCCUGUUAACUUGUUCUCUGGCCUCAGCAGCCUAACAGAACUGAUUCUAAGAGACAACAGGCUUAAGGAGCUGAAUCCAGAUCAGUUCAAAGGCCUGACUGGGCUUAGGCGUCUAGAUCUUUCCUUUAACAGUCUCAGCUCCAUGCCCACACACCUGCUGGAUGGGCUCCAGAACCUAGUGUGGCUCUCGCUUAUGGGCAACAAGCUGAGAACUCUGCAGCGGACUUCACUUGAGCCAGCGACUGCUCUACAGCAACUUCUGCUCGAGGGAAACCCAUGGAAUUGUAGCUGCAAUUUAAUUCCACUCAAGCAUUGGCUGGAAUGGAUUGUAUAUACAGGUGGCAGCAUAGAUUCUGCUAACUGCUCCUUUCCUGCUAAUUUGCAUGGUAAGGAUCUUCGCAGUAUCCCUAUGGAGAUGUUCAGACACUGUUACCCCCUCUAUCUGGAGACCAGGAACCCAUCUGCAGCCGAAGGCCACCAGGUACCAGCUGGGUCAGCCGGAGACUGUAUGCGCCAGCGCUACCGGCCUGUGAGUGUACGUCGAGCAACUGCCACGGUGGUGGUAGCUGGGGUGGUGUGUGGCGUGGUGUGUGUGAUGAUGGUGGUAACGGCCACCUACGGCUGCAUCUACGCAAUGCUGAUGGCUCACGAACAGCAGCAGCUGACAGAGGGAAACAGCCAGCAGCAACAGCCGCUGAUGAUGGCAAAGGAACCAGAGCAGGAUGAAAAGGAAGAUCUGAUGCCGACUAUCGGAAAGGGAGAAGAAGCCACAGAGUGCGUAGCGUGGAUGGCAUUUCCUCCAGAAGUGUGUGUUUAAAGCACAUGAGGAACCUACUGGAAGCUAUAGUUUAUCAUUGAUGUACAUAAAUGUAUAAAUAUUUGUUUGGGCGCGAGAGUUGGAGAGCAAAUGACCCGAUGUAGUUCAGGAGCAAUUACAGCUCCUACAAACUGGCUCAAAAAGACAAAUAUAUUUAACUACUCUAUAGAUGUUAAGUAGAUUUAAGGAACAUAAAAAGAAAAUACUGAAUGUGAUUUUAUGUAAACUUUUAUAUUUUCCUAUGAAUUCUCCUAACAAACCACCUCUGUGUUUGAUUUCUUAUAGUUGCAAUCAAUCAGUUGUUAAUUAGCAUAUUAGUAUAUUUUUCUAAAAUUUCGAAACAGAAUGAUAUUUUAAAUAUAUAUCUAUGUUUAAUAUGUAAGUAAUGUAUGUCUACAUUAGGGAUGCACCAGUAUUAUCAUUCAGGUUGAUAAUUAUGGUAAAUAAGUUUAUUAUUAUUUUCAUGUCAUAAAAUUUCUGUACUAUUUGGUCACAAUAAAUAAAAUAAAAUAUGCUAAAAACUAAAAUAAAUCAUUUUAAAUUCAACAAGGCAUUAUUUUGCACAGUGUGAAA